GGAACAAAUCGACCCUCGAGCGCUUCUGAUAUUACAACAUUGCCACUGGGUCGCAUUCCGUAAUGGAGCGAUAAGCCUACGCUGCACGGACCAACUGGCUCCAUUUUUGCCUCUCGUCACUGUGCUUCGGAAGCCGUAGGGUUUUGGGUUUUGGCUUCUCUCCAUGCGUGUCGCUGUUCGAGCGGAAUCUCCCCCUUUAUGUGGUUGCCUUGCUACGGUUUGGCAAUUUCUGUGAUUCCUUCGUUCGUUUGUGUCAAGUGCUGUAGUUGCCUGCCUGUCUCUGGAAAUUAGACUGGUUUUGGACCUGUGGUUGCGUCGUCGUGCUGAUCUUGGAUCGAGCUGGUGCGUCAAGUUUAAAAUCUACAAAGCUGGUGCGCUUACCAAAGUCAUGCAUGCUAUUAAAGGCAGUUGGGUUGGGCAGACAUUUGCCUUGGCAAAGCGUAAUGAGUCUGAGAAUAGUGGUAGAAAGGCUCGAAUCCGUCGAUCGAAAGAGGAGAGAAAAUCAAUGGUUGAAGCAUUCAUAAAAAAGUACCAGAAAUCAAACGAUGGAAAUUUCCCCUCGCUGAAUCUUACACACAAGGAAGUUGGUGGAUCAUUCUAUACUGUAAGAGAGAUUGUCCGCGAGAUAAUCCAAGAAAAUAGAGUUCUCGGACCUGCUAAGUUUGUUCAGGAUGAACAGAGCAAUGAUCAGUUCUUGGAACAAAAUCCACUUGGUACAAUAGCCACUGAACCUCAAGUUGCUGUUUCCCAACCUUCAAAAGAAUUGGAUCGACAGGCUGACACCAAGGAGCUUGGACUUUUAUCUGUUGGAAACUCUCAUGGACAUGAAGAACUGAAGGUUGAGGACGGGGAAAUUGUCAAUGGAAGUCAAGUAGAUAUCAAAUUAACAGAGUUUGAUAGAUUAGCAUCAACAAAAUUGCAAGAAAAUGGAGUCAUAGAAGCUGGGAAGAAUCUUAAUGCAUUUGCUGAAUCAACAUCUCAACUAAUUAAUUUGACCAGUGUAGAAGUAGAGACUUUUCCAUUGAGAUCGGUCAGUAAGCCAAAUGACUCUGUAGAUCAAAUUGUUGGUGAAGGUAGGAAUGAAGCUUCACAAGAACAAAAUCUAGAGGCACAUCUGGAAUCAGGAAGUGACAGUGCUGUGUUGUAUGAGAUGAAUUCGCGAGAAAAUACUUAUUCAAUGGAGGAGAACACAGCGGAAGCUUUAGCUUCAGCUUCACCUGGUCCACUGGGACAAAUACCUCAUUUAGUUGAUGUGGAAGUUGUGGAAGACUUUGCUGAUCCUUUGUUAAAGAAUUCUAAUGGCUCAUUUUCCAAGGAGAACAUUCCUCAUGAUGCUGAUGGCUGCAUGGAUGCCAAUGAUGCAUCAGUUAGUGUUGAAGGAUUGAGUUCAACACCUGCAGAAUACAAGCAAGACAGGAAUGCUGCUGGAGUGGAGGCUAAAAAUGUUCCCAGUGGUGUUGAUUCUGAAAACAUAAUCAGCAGUUCCACUAGAACUGACAGUCAGGUGUCAUCGCAAGAGCUGAAGCUAAAACCUGAACCUAAUGUUCAACCUAAUGGCAGCGUCCAGAAAGGAAUCAAUCCCCCUUUAGACAGGAUUAAUCUCGAAUCAUGGGAAGUGGCGUCCAAGAAUUCUUCCAAGCAGCCAAUGAAUCCUAUAUUUGCUGUUAUAAGAGCAAUUGUCGUGUCAUUUCUGAAGUUUUGGACUGAGUAAAAAUUUUGUGGUUUUCAAAGAGCCUAGUGAAUCCUGCCGUGUGGAAAACGUAUGGUUUUUCUUGACUAUUUUCUUAUUCUUUCUUUGGAAUGUCUCGCUUGUAAAUUCUGGUGGGCCGUAUAUUUCUCUGGUAAGCUGGAUGAUGCCCACGAAGUAGUUUUGAUGUGCAGAAUCAGAAUUAGCUACAAUGAAAAUUAAUUGCCACUUCUAGGUUU